AUGGGAUUUGCCGGGAGGCAGGACUGUUCCUUCAAGGUGAUGCUCAGAGUCAGCUGGCUCCUCCUGGUCCUCUUCCCUGGGGCCACGACCACAGUGGCGGCCGAGUGCCCUGACCAGAGCCCUGAGCUGCAGCCCUGGAACCCUGGCCAUGACCAGGACAACCACGUGCACAUUAGCCAGGGCCGAGCACUCCUGCUAACCUCAUCUGCCACCGUCCACUCCAUCCACAUCUCAGACGGAGGAAAGCUAGUCAUUAAAGACCAUGAUGAGACCAUUGUUUUGCGUACCCGGCACAUCCUGAUUGACAACGGAGGAGAGUUGCAUGCUGGGAGUGCCCUCUGCCCUUUCCAGGGCAACUUCAGCAUCAUUUUAUAUGGCAGGGCAGACGAAAGUGUUGAACCGGACCCUUACUUCGGCCUGAAGUACAUUGGAGUCGGCGAAGGAGGCACCCUGGAGUUGCAUGGACAGAAAAAGCUCUCUUGGACAUUUCUGAACAAGACCCUUCACCCGGGUGGCAUGGAGGAAGGAGGUUAUUUUUUUGAAAGGAGCUGGGGUCACCGUGGAGUCAUUGUUCAUGUCAUCGACCCCAAAUCAGGGACAGUCAUCCAUUCUGACCGGUUUGACACCUACAGAUUCAAGAAAGAGAGUGAGCGUCUGGUCCAGUAUUUGAAUGCGGUGCCUACCGGCAGGAUCCUGUCUGUCGCCGUGAAUGAUGAAGGGUCUCGAAACCUGGAUGACACAGCCAGGAAGGUGAUGACCAAACUGGGCAGCAAACACUUCCUGCACCUCGGAUUUAGACACCCUUGGAGUUUCAUAACUGUGAAGGGAAAUCCUUCUUCUUCUGUGGAAGACCACAUUGAGUAUCACGGUCACCGCGGCUCCGCCGCUGCCCGGGUGUUCAAACUGUUCCGGUCAGAGCAUGGCGAGUACUUCAACGUUUCCGCAUCCAGCGAGUGGGUUCAAGACGUGGAGUGGACAGAGUGGUUCAUCCAUGACAAAGUGUCACACACUAAAGGUGGGGAGAAAAUUUCAAACCUCCGGGCAGCUCAUCCAGGAAAAAUCUGCAUUCGCCCACUGGAUAUACAGGCCACUACAGUGGAUGGAGCCAACCUUACCAUGGAGGUUGUCUACAAAAGAGGCCAGGAUUAUAGGUUCGUGUGCUACGACCAGGGCCACGCCUGCCUGUGGUACCGCGUGCGGUUCCUGUGUGGGAGGCCUGUGAGGCCCAAACUCACCGUCACCAUCGACACCAAUGUCAACAGCACCCUUCUGACUCUGGAAGACAAUGUACAGUCAUGGAAGCCUGGAGAUACCUUGGUCGUUGCCAGUACUGACUACUCCAUGUACCAGGCGGAGGAGUUCCAGGUGCUUCCCUGCAGAGCCUGUGCCCCCAACCAGGUCAAAGUAGCAGGGAAACCGAUGUACCUGCACAUCGGGGAGGAGAUCGAUGGCGUGGACAUGAGGGCUGAGGUUGGGCUCCUGAGUCGCAACAUCGUCAUCAGGGGGGAGAUGGAGGACACGUGCUACAGUUACACCAACCACGUCUGCACCUUCUUUGACUUCGAUACUUUUGGGGGCCACAUCAAGUUUGCACUGGGGUUCAAGGCAGCACAUCUGGAGGGCGUGGAGCUGAAGCACAUGGGACAGCAGCUGGUGGGUCAGUACCCGAUUCAUUUCCACCUGGUGGGUGAUGUGGAUGAGCAGGGUGGCUAUGACCCGCCCACAUAUGUCCGGGACCUGUCCAUCCACCACACCUUCUCUCGCUGUGUCACCGUCCACGGCUCCAAUGGCUUGUUGGUCAAGGACGUGGUGGGCUAUAACUCUUUGGGCCACUGCUUCUUCACGGAGGAUGGGCCAGAGGAACGCAACACCUUUGACCACUGUCUUGGCCUCCUUGUCAAGUCAGGAACCCUCCUGCCCUCUGACCGUGACAGCAGGAUGUGCAAGACGAUUACAGAGGACUCGUACCCGGGGUACAUCCCCAAGCCCAGGCAGGACUGCAAUGGUGUGUCCACCUUCUGGAUGGCCAAUCCCAACAACAACCUGAUAAACUGCGCUGCUGCAGGGUCUGAGGAAACUGGAUUCUGGUUCAUUUUCCACCACGUGCCAACAGGCCCCUCAGUGGGGAUGUACUCCCCUGGUUACUCAGAGCACAUCCCCCUGGGAAAGUUCCAUAACAACCGAGCACAUUCUAACUACCGGGCUGGCAUGAUCAUAGACAAUGGCGUCAAAACCACUGAGGCCUCUGCCAAGGACAAGCGGCCCUUCCUCUCUAUCAUCUCUGCCAGGUACAGCCCUCACCAGGAUGCCGACCCUCUGAAGCCCCGGGAGCCAGCCAUCAUCAAGCACUUCACUGCCUACAAGAACCAGGACCACGGGGCCUGGCUGCGCGGCGGGGAUGUGUGGCUGGACAGCUGCCGGUUUGCUGACAAUGGCAUCGGCCUGACCCUGGCCAGUGGCGGCACCUUCCCAUAUGAUGAUGGCUCCAAGCAGGAAAUCAAGAACAGCUUGUUUGUUGGCGAGAGUGGCAAUGUGGGGACCGAGAUGAUGGACAAUAGGAUCUGGGGCCCCGGCGGCUUGGACCACAGCGGAAGGACCCUCCCGAUAGGCCAGAAUUUUCCGAUCCGAGGAAUCCAGUUCUACGAUGGCCCCAUCAACAUUCAGAACUGUACUUUCCGCAAGUUUGUGGCCCUGGAGGGCCGGCACACUAGUGCCCUGGCCUUCCGCCUGAACAACGCCUGGCAGAGCUGCCCCCACAACAACGUGACCAAUAUUGCCUUUGAGGACGUCCCGAUUACUUCCAGAGUGUUCUUCGGGGAGCCUGGGCCCUGGUUCAACCAGCUGGACAUGGAUGGAGACAAGACGUCGGUGUUUCACGACGUGGAUGGCUCUGUAUCCGAGUACCCCGGCUCCUACCUCACCAAGGCUGACAACUGGCUGGUCCGGCACCCAGACUGCAUCGAUGUCCCUGACUGGAGAGGGGCCAUCUGCAGCGGGCGCUAUGCACAGAUGUACAUUCAGGCCUACAAGACUAGUAACCUACGCAUGAAGAUCAUCAAGAAUGACUUCCCCAGCCGCCCUCUGUACCUGGAGGGGGCGCUGACCAGGAGCACCCACUACCAGCAGUACCAGCCCGUCAUCACUCUGCAGAAGGGCUACACCAUCCACUGGGACCACACAGCGCCCGCCGAGCUCGCCAUCUGGCUCAUCAACUUCAACAAGGGUGACUGGAUCCGCGUGGGGCUCUGCUACCCGCGAGGCACCAGCUUUUCCAUCCUCUCAGAUGUGCACAAUCGCCUGCUAAAGCAGACAUCCAAGACAGGCACCUUCGUGAGGACCCUGCAGAUGGACAAAGUGGAGCAGAGCUUUCCUGGCCGGAACCACUACUACUGGGACGAGGCCUCGGGGCUGCUGUUCUUGAAGCUGACGGCCCAGAACGAGAGGGAGAGGUUUGCCUUCUGCUCUGUGAAGGGCUGUGAGAGAAUAAAGAUUAAAGCCCUGAUCCCCAAGAAUGCAGGCAUCAGCGACUGCACGGCCACUGCCUACCCCAGGUUUGCGGAGAGGGCCACAGUGGACGUGCCGAUGCCCCGGAAGCUGGUUGGUGCUCAGCUGAAAACAAAGGACCACUUCUUGGAGGUGAAGAUGGAAAGUUUUAAGCAGCGUUUCUUCCACCUUCUGAACGACCUUGCUUACAUUGAAGUGGAUGGCAAGAGGUACCCCAGUCUGGAAGAUGGCAUCCAGGUGGUGGUGAUUGAUGGCAGCCAAGGGCGCGUGCUGAGCCACACAAGCUUCAGGAACGCUAUUCUGCAGGGCAUACCGUGGCAGCUUUCCAAUCAUGUGGCAGCCAUCCCUGACAGUUCCAUAGUUCUCAUGGCAUCAAAGGGAAGAUAUAUUUCCAGAGGCCCGUGGACACGAGUGCUGGAAAAGCUCGGGGCAGACAAGGGGCUCAAGUUGAAAGAGAAAAUGGUAUUCGUUGGCUUCAAAGGCAGUUUUCGGCCCACCUGGGUGACUCUGAACACUGAGGACCACAAGGCCAAAAUCUUCCAAGUUGUGCCCAUCCCUGUGGUGAGGAAGAAGAGGCUGUGA